CGCGCGCAGGACAAGGCUCGCUACCUUCGGAUUCAUUUGGAAACGUGUACUGCAAAGGAAACCGAUACGACCUGAAGCUUCCCCUUCGCGGAGUUGCAGAGGCGGCUCUCAGGGAGGCUGUUUUGAACAUGGGCCCAGUGCUUGAGAAGGUGGCGGGAGGAAACGCCGCCAAACUGUGCGAAUUCGCCGCGUUGGUUUCGGAUCCAGGAUCGACGAGACAGCCCGUGCACCCGGACACGAAUUACCGCCGCGACAGGUGCGUGGUGACUACGUUUGUGGCCCUGCAGGAUGUUGAGUCAGACAUGGGGCCCACCGUUUUCAUUCCUGGCAGCCACACCGCGAGAGCACAUCUCGCGUUCAAGGAAGCCAACGAGGUGGGGGGACCAGCACUGGCGGCCCCAAACUGUGUGGCAACUCUACGUACCGGAGACGUGUCGAUGUUUGACUCUCGCCUGUUGCACUGUGGUGGGGGUAACUCUUCAAAUAAGCGGCGGGUGUUGUUCUACUUUUCAUUUGAAGUUAGCGGCAAGGAGAACCCCAACUCUGGCUUCAGUAGCAUUCGGGACGAGCUGAGGGGCACCUUGACCCUACAGGAUCUUCGUAAUCAGCCCAUAGUCGAAACGGUUUCUUAGAUGUCACAUCCUAAUUGUAAUUCUAUGAACUACUCU